AUGCACUUCUCUAAGACCCUGGCCACCGCGGCCACCUUCGCCCUGAGUGUCUACGCCGGCUUCCCGGUUGCAAGCGUCAGUUUCCAGUCCUGGGAGAGGUGUGAUGUUGGCCAUCCCGCAUUCGGCGAGCCCAAGUUCUCUGCUGAUGUGAGCGUCACUCCCGUGACUUGCGACAAGACCACCGUCAACCGUGACUGGAGCAUUGACAAUUAUUCCUUCCGCGCUCGUUUGGACACCGAGGACACUGUCUUUUGCCAUGGCGUGACCAUUUGGAACAACGAGGGCUGCUCUGGCGAUCCUGUGCACUUCCUGCCUUUCCACCACGGCCCCUUCGCCGAGGGGCAGUGUAUCCCUGACAUCCUCGAGCCUGGGUUUGUCUCCUUCAAGCUGGCUUGUGAGGGGUUCCCCUAG